AUGAUGUCACGAUCGUCGACGAUGCUUAUACUUCUGGCCUCCUUAUUCAGAAGUCCUGGAAAUUGGGCCCUAGAAAUUGGGGACAAUUUGUGUGUGCAAGGAUACAUCAUGGACAAGUUUUGCAUUGAUUCCGUGAACAUGAUUGACACUGGAAGAGAGACAUUGAAAGAACCCUUUGAACAUUCGGUUCAUUGUCUGGUGGAUACUCCCAUUUGCUACAAUUCGGAAUUUGAAGUGUUGACGGAUCCGACCACCACAAGUGAUGCGGAUGCCAGAUACACUCGAGGAUACCGAUUGACGGAGACUUCCAAACAAUUGGUGAUCGACUUGGCUCGCUCGGUUGGUAGUUGCGCGACCUGUGUCAAAGGAUACGAUUCCGAUGUAGAAUUUGGGUUCCGAGCCGUCUUGAACGCUACUGUUUUGGCAUUGUCGACCGACGGUGGCGAAGGACCACCCUUGAUCAUGGCGCACAAUCAAGCGUUUCCAAAUCCCUCGGAUAACGAUCCUUGUCAAACAGUUUUUGGUUUGACAGAAGGCACCGUCAUGUUUAACAAUCCCAAUGUCACGAGUGAUGAUGGAACGAACGAGGGUACUGCUGACUCGGAAGCAACAUCAAUGUUGUCGUUCGCAUCGUCACAAUUCGUUCAUGGACUGCUCAUCACAAUUCUUGGACUUUACAUGUCGUAG